AUGGAACAAGAUGAUUAUAUGAUGAAUUUUGGGGCCGACCCAACCGAACCAAGUAAAGGAGAAGAACUUGAACCAAACGUAUCGGCAGUUAUACAACAUGAUCCAACUAUAUUGGAUCCCACAGUUAUUGCGACCAAAACAAGAAGACCGCAAGUGAAAUUGACGUCAGAAAAAUUAUUGAGUGAUCCAGGUUUACCAUUUGUGAUGAAACAUGCACCAAAGAGGAUACGGAUAUCGACAAGUAGAAAAUCAGCACAACAAAAUUUGUCUAAUAUUGUUCAAUUCUAUCAACUUUGGGCUCAUAACUUGUUUCCAAAAGCAAAAUUUAGAGAUUUUAUCAAGUUAUGUGAAACACUAGGAAAAACUGAUAAAGUAUUAAAAGAGUAUAGAGCUAAUUUAUAUAGGGUCGAUAUGGGAAUUGACCCAAUUGGUGAUGAAGAACAACAGGAUGAUUAUAUUAACACAAUGCCUGAUACCGGAGAUAAUGCUAUACACGACAUCACUUCUAGUUCAAAUCAAGAACCGUCCUUAUUUGUUAACCAGGAUUCCAUUGACAUGCAUACUCAAAGUACGAUACCACAAGAUACUCACACGCAAUUACAAAACGAAUCAAUUACAACUAAAGAUAACAACAACAACAACAACAACAACAAAAAUAAUAAUAAUAAUAAUAAUAAUAAUAAUAAUAAUAAUAAUAACAAUGGUGAUGAGGAUGAUCUCAACGAUGACGAUGACGACGACCUAUACUCUAUAUCUGUUAUGAAACAUAGUACCAAGAAAACGGUCACUGAAGAAAGUAACCCGAAAACAAGCGGUUUGAAUGACAUAUCAACAGAAGGUAUGCCUUCUCAAGCCGAACUUGAUGAAAUGAUGCGUGAAAUGGAAAAUACACAACAACAGAAUUCUCAAUCCAAUUCUACUAAUAAAGUAAAAGACACCGAAAACCACUAUUCUGAUGAUGAAGAGGCUCUAAAUGCGGUUGAAAAUGAAUAUAUGAAUGAGACAAUGAAUGACAUGGGAGCCUAUGGUUUUUAA